GAAACCCUCCGUAACCCUACCCACACUAACGCAAACCCUUACCAUCGUCUCUGCCCCUGCUCGCCUCUGGUUCGCCGUCUUCUCUGAUCCGUCUACUCUGGUUGGCUUCUCCACUGGUCCGCCAUCGCCGCUGGUUCUAUUUGGUAGGGCUUUGCAUUUUGCUUCUCUUUCUCUUGUCAGAAGCAGUUUGUUUUCCGUAUGCAAGAAGCCUAAACGAGAAAGGAGAAGUGAGACGACAAUGAAGCUCGACGUAGAUGUCUUGAGAUAUCUGUCCAAAGACGAUUUUAGGGUUCUCACUGCUGUUGAAUUGGGCAUGAGGAAUCAUGAAAUUGUUCCUACUGAACUCAUUGAUCGAAUUGCUCGUCUCAAGCAUGGGGGCACGUACAAGGUUUUGAAAAACUUGCUCAAGCAUAAGUUGUUGCAUCACGACUCUUCUAAAUAUGAUGGAUUCCGGCUUACAUACCUUGGUUAUGAUUAUCUUGCCAUUAAAACAAUGGUGAACAAAGGAGUGUUUGUGGGUGUUGGUCGCCAGAUUGGCGUCGGAAAAGAAUCUGAUAUAUUUGAGGUUGUCUGUGAAGAUGGGACUGUUCUAGCUAUGAAGUUGCACAGGCUUGGUAGAGUUUCUUUUAGAGCUGUCAAAUCAAAGCGUGACUACCUAAGACAUCGAAGUAGUUAUAACUGGCUGUAUUUGUCUCGGCUUGCUGCACUUAAAGAAUUUGCUUUCAUGAAGGCUUUGGAAACACAUUCCUUUCCUGUUCCAAAGGCUGUAGAACAUAACAGACACUGUGUAGUCAUGUCACUUGUCCAAGGUUAUCCUCUUGUUCAGGUGAAGCAAUUACAAAAUCCAGAGACUGUUUUUGAGACUAUUCUUGGAAUAGUUGUUAGGCUCGCCGAGCAUGGUCUGAUUCAUUGUGAUUUCAAUGAAUUUAACAUCAUGAUUGAUGAUGAUGAAAAAAUUACCAUGAUUGAUUUUCCACAAAUGGUAUCUGUAUCACAUCGUAAUGCACAGAUGUACUUUGACCGUGACGUUGAAUGUAUCUUUAAGUUUUUCCGAAAGAGGUUCAAUCUUUCUUUUCAAGAAAGCAUUGAUGACAAUGAUGAUUCUGAUGAAGGGAAAGAUGAAGAUGGAAGGCCCUGUUUUUCUGAAAUAGAAAGAAGUGCUGGUUUUUUAGACAAGGAACUUGCUGCUAGUGGCUUUAGUAGAAAGGAUGAAGAAGAUAUUCAGAGGUUCAUUGAAGGUGGAGCAGAGGCUGAAACAAACUCAGAUAGUGAAGUUGACCUAGUGGAAGACCUGAAUGAAUCAAUCCUUCUUCAGGAUGAAGAACAUGAAAACAAAGGAAAAGAUGAGAGCUGUGAAGCCGCUGAAAGCGGUGCAUCUGAAAGGGAAGAUGCAACUGACGAGGAAGAAAAUGAAAUGGAAAACGAAGCAGAACUCACAAAGAGCUUGAACAAGCAGAGACGACAUGCCAUAGCAGCAACUCGUAGGGGACGAAAGAGCCUCGCAUCCAGGAAUUCAUACAAAGACAAGGGUGGCAGGUCAUCUCACAAUUCUAAGCUUCAAAAACAGUUGAGCGGUUGGUGAGGUAUAUGGAUAUAACAUCCAUGUGGCUGUUGAAAUUUAUUAAAGAUGAAUUAGAAAUAUAUUUCAUGUGCUUUCAUAUGGUCAUUCUAUCUUAACGAAUGAAGUUUUGUAGGGCAUAAUGUCAUUGUAGGCUUAUAUCUUAUUGGCAGAACUUAAGUUCGGAGAUAGAGAAGCAAAUAGGUUAUUUGUUUGGGGUGAUAUCUUUUAUAUUGUGGAUAUUAUACCACUUAUGAAAUGAAUAAUAUAUUAAUAUCACUCAGUUCGAUAAGAAAAAUAUUCAUAUGUAUUUUGUA